AGCACUCGCCACGCGCCCAGCCCUCAGCCCUCGUCUCGCCUUCUGCUGGCUGGCCCGGCGACGUUGUGCGCCAGCGUACGCGGGGCUCUGAGAACCCGGAAGUUACGUUUUAGGCCCGCGUCACGGGGGCGGGAGUCAGCUGAGCUGCCGGGGCGAGGUUGGGAUCACCGGGGACCGGCUGAAGGGAGCCUGUGAUUUUUUGUAGCGGGGGCGGGGAGUAGGGUGCAAGACUGCGCCAGAUUCAAGGACGAGGGCUGCCCGAUUAUCUCGCUGCAUAAGGCAAGAGCAAGAGGAUCCUCAGGAUUUUAAAGAGGAGGCGACGGCUGCAGGUUCCCAGGAUCUGUCAGAGGCUGGGGAGUUACAGCUUCCAUUCUGGGGCGACGGGGACCCCGGGGGGUAGCCCUUUUGUAAUCCCCAGGCCCCGGACAAAGAGCCCAGAGGCCGGGCACCAUGGCGUCCAUCCUGGAUGAGUACGAGAACUCGCUGUCCCGCUCGGCCGUCUUGCAGCCCGGCUGCCCUAGCGUGGGCAUCCCCCACUCGGGGUAUGUGAAUGCCCAGCUGGAGAAGGAAGUACCCAUCUUCACAAAGCAGCGCAUUGACUUCACCCCUUCCGAGCGCAUUACCAGUCUUGUCGUCUCCAGCAAUCAGCUGUGCAUGAGCCUGGGCAAGGAUACACUGCUCCGCAUUGACUUGGGCAAGGCAAAUGAGCCCAACCACGUGGAGCUGGGACGUAAGGAUGACGCAAAAGUUCACAAGAUGUUCCUUGACCAUACUGGCUCUCACCUGCUGAUUGCCCUGAGCAGCACGGAGGUCCUCUACGUGAACCGAAACGGACAGAAGGUACGGCCACUAGCACGCUGGAAGGGGCAGCUGGUGGAGAGUGUGGGUUGGAACAAGGCACUGGGCACGGAGAGCAGCACAGGCCCCAUCCUGGUCGGGACUGCCCAAGGCCACAUCUUCGAAGCAGAGCUCUCAGCCAGCGAAGGUGGGCUUUUUGGCCCUGCUCCGGAUCUCUACUUCCGCCCAUUGUACGUGCUAAAUGAAGAAGGGGGUCCAGCACCUGUGUGCUCCCUUGAGGCCGAGCGGGGCCCUGAUGGGCGUAGCUUUGUUAUUGCCACCACUCGGCAGCGCCUCUUCCAGUUCAUAGGCCGAGCAGCAGAGGGGGCUGAGGCCCAGGGUUUCUCAGGGCUCUUUGCGGCUUACACGGACCACCCACCCCCAUUCCGUGAGUUUCCCAGCAACCUGGGCUACAGUGAGUUGGCCUUCUACACCCCCAAGCUGCGCUCCGCACCCCGGGCCUUCGCCUGGAUGAUGGGGGAUGGUGUGUUGUAUGGGGCAUUGGACUGUGGGCGCCCUGACUCUCUGCUGAGCGAGGAGCGAGUCUGGGAGUACCCAGAGGGGGUAGGGCCUGGGGCCAGCCCACCCCUAGCCAUCGUCUUGACCCAGUUCCACUUCCUGCUGCUACUGGCAGACCGGGUGGAGGCAGUGUGCACACUGACCGGGCAGGUGGUGCUGCGGGAUCACUUCCUGGAGAAAUUUGGGCCGCUGAAGCACAUGGUGAAGGACUCCUCCACAGGCCAGCUCUGGGCCUACACUGAGCGGGCUGUCUUCCGCUAUCACGUGCAACGGGAGGCCCGAGAUGUCUGGCGCACCUAUCUGGACAUGAACCGCUUCGAUCUGGCCAAAGAGUAUUGUCGAGAGCGGCCCGACUGCCUGGACACGGUCCUGGCCCGGGAGGCCGAUUUCUGCUUUCGCCAGCGUCGCUACCUGGAGAGCGCACGCUGCUAUGCCCUGACCCAGAGCUACUUUGAGGAGAUUGCCCUCAAGUUCCUGGAGGCCCGACAGGAGGAGGCUCUGGCUGAGUUCCUGCAGCGAAAACUGGCCAGUUUGAAGCCAGCCGAACGUACCCAGGCCACACUGCUGACCACCUGGCUGACAGAGCUCUACCUGAGCCGGCUUGGGGCUCUGCAGGGCGACCCAGAGGCCCUGACCCUCUACCGAGAAACCAAGGAAUGCUUUCGAACCUUCCUCAGCAGCCCCCGCCACAAAGAGUGGCUCUUUGCCAGCCGGGCCUCUAUCCAUGAGCUGCUCGCCAGUCAUGGGGACACAGAACACAUGGUGUACUUUGCAGUGAUCAUGCAGGACUAUGAGCGGGUGGUGGCUUACCACUGUCAGCACGAGGCCUACGAGGAGGCCCUGGCCGUGCUCGCCCGCCACCGUGACCCCCAGCUCUUCUACAAGUUCUCACCCAUCCUCAUCCGUCACAUCCCCCGCCAGCUUGUAGAUGCCUGGAUUGAGAUGGGCAGCCGGCUGGAUGCUCGUCAGCUCAUCCCUGCCCUGGUGAACUACAGCCAGGGUGGUGAGGUCCAGCAGGUGAGCCAGGCCAUCCGCUACAUGGAGUUCUGCGUGAACGUGCUGGGGGAGACUGAGCAGGCCAUCCACAACUACCUGCUGUCACUGUAUGCCCGUGGCCGGCCGGACUCACUACUGGCCUAUCUGGAGCAGGCUGGGGCCAGCCCCCACCGGGUGCAUUACGACCUCAAGUAUGCGCUGCGGCUCUGCGCCGAGCAUGGCCACCACCGCGCUUGUGUCCAUGUCUACAAGGUCCUAGAGCUGUAUGAGGAGGCCGUGGACCUGGCCCUGCAGGUGGAUGUGGACCUGGCCAAGCAGUGUGCAGACCUGCCUGAGGAGGAUGAGGAAUUGCGCAAGAAGCUGUGGCUGAAGAUCGCACGGCACGUGGUGCAGGAGGAAGAAGAUGUACAGACAGCCAUGGCUUGCCUGGCUAGCUGCCCCUUGCUCAAGAUUGAGGAUGUGCUGCCCUUCUUUCCUGAUUUCGUCACCAUCGACCACUUCAAGGAGGCGAUCUGCAGCUCACUUAAGGCCUACAACCACCACAUCCAGGAGCUGCAGCGGGAGAUGGAAGAGGCUACAGCCAGUGCCCAGCGCAUCCGGCGAGACCUGCAGGAGCUGCGGGGCCGCUACGGCACUGUGGAGCCCCAGGACAAAUGUGCCACCUGCGACUUCCCCCUGCUCAACCGCCCUUUUUACCUCUUCCUCUGUGGCCAUAUGUUCCAUGCUGACUGCCUGCUGCAGGCUGUGCGACCUGGCCUGCCAGCCUACAAGCAGGCCCGGCUGGAGGAGCUGCAGAGGAAGCUGGGGGCUGCUCCACCCCCAGCCAAGGGCUCUGCCCGGGCCAAGGAGGCCGAGGGUGGGGCUGCCACGGCAGGGCCCAGCCGGGAACAGCUCAAGGCUGACCUGGAUGAGUUGGUGGCCGCUGAGUGUGUGUACUGUGGGGAGCUGAUGAUCCGCUCUAUCGACCGGCCGUUCAUCGACCCCCAGCGCUACGAGGAGGAGCAGCUCAGUUGGCUGUAGGAGGGUGUCACCUUUGAUGGGGGGUGGGCAAUGGGGAGCAGUGGCUUGAACCCACUUGGGAAGGCUGCCUCCUAGGCUCUGCUCAGUCAUCUUGCAAUUGCCACACUGUGACCACGUCGACGGGAGUAGAGUAGCGCUGUUGGCCAGGAGGUGUCAGGUGUGAGUGUAUUCUGCCAGCUUUUCAUGCUGUUCUUCAGAGCUGCAGUUAUGCCAGACCAUCAGCCUGCCUCCCAGUAGAGGCCCUUCACCUGGAGAAGUCAGAAAUCUGACCCAAUUCCACCCCCUGCCUCUAGCACCUCUUCUGUCCCUGUCAUUCCCCACACACGUCCUGUUCACCUCGAGAGAGAGAGCGAGCGAGCACCUUUCUUCCGUCUGUUCACUCUGCAGCCUCUGGAACCCCAGCUCUUCUCUCUCAGAAGAAGCCUUCUCUUCCUCCUGCCUAUAGGUGUCCCAGAAGUGAGAAGGCAGCCUUCGAAGUCCUGGGCAUUGGGUGAGAAAGUGAUGCUAGUGGGGGCAUGCUUUUGUGCACACUGUCUGGGGCUCCAGUGUGAAGGGUGCCCUGGGGCUGAGGGCCUUGUGGAGGAUGGUCGGUGAUGGUGAUGGAGGUGGAGAGCAUUAAACUGUCUGCACUGCA